AGCCCAGCCCGCGAGCCAGCCUCGAUCCCCGCGGCCCGCCGAGGCUCAGAGCCAUCCAGCGAUCCGGCGAGUGGCCUCAGGCCCCGCCAUGGGGAAGACCAACAGCAAGCUGGCCCCCGAGGUGCUGGAGGACCUGGUUCAGAACACGGAGUUCAGCGAGCAGGAGCUGAAGCACUGGUACAAGGGCUUCCUGAAGGACUGCCCCAGCGGCAUCCUCAACCUCGAGGAAUUUCAGCAGCUGUACAUCAAGUUCUUCCCCUACGGCGACGCCUCCAAGUUCGCGCAGCACGCUUUCCGCACCUUCGAUAAGAACGGCGACGGCACCAUCGACUUCCGAGAGUUCAUCUGCGCCCUUUCGGUCACCUCCCGCGGCAGCUUCGAGCAGAAACUCAACUGGGCCUUUGAGAUGUACGAUCUGGACGGCGAUGGCCGCAUCACGCGUCUGGAGAUGCUGGAGAUCAUCGAGGCUAUCUACAAGAUGGUGGGCACUGUGAUCAUGAUGCGUAUGAACCAAGAUGGGCUCACACCCCAGCAGCGUGUGGACAAGAUCUUCAAGAAGAUGGACCAGGAUAAGGAUGACCAAAUUACGCUGGAGGAGUUCAAGGAGGCGGCCAAGAGUGACCCAUCGAUUGUGUUGCUGCUGCAGUGUGACAUGCAGAAGUAGAGGCUGGUGAGGGGCAUGGCCCCUGGCCAGGAGGGGCAUGGCCACCUCCCAACCUGAUGACCUCUGGCUGGCCUUCCCCUGGGGAGGGGCAUUCUAGCCUCAGUCUCUGGUGUACCCACUCCUCUGCCUAAGUCCUUCCUCCCCUCAGUCAAGAUCCUUGGGGGACCACCUUACCUUGCAGGAGAGACAGGUCCUCAGAUAUCCUGUCGUUUAGCCCCAACCCCAGCCUUGGUCCAGAAUCAACAUCAAAUGGGAAGAGAGGAGUUGGCUU